UAUUCCCUCCGAAUGUGAGAAAAGUAUUUUCAGGUAUUUUCAGCCAGCGAGAAGACAUUGGCGUUAAUGCGGCGAGGAGGCGGCAAACCACAUUUGACAUCACAGCAGCUGACGCCAAUGCAGUUCCAGCGAGCGUCUCUUUCUGUUAUGUCUUUUGGCUUCUGAGAGUCCACUUUAUAGAAGCGGCUGACAAAGAUUGUCUUGUCAUCAUGGCUGCCGUCUUUUUGACGCUCUGGAGCCUCACUCUGUUGAUUGAAGCAGCGGCCUCCCCAUGCGGCGUCACCUGCUACACGGACUACGACGUUCUGCUCAACUGCUCGUGUGGUUCCGUACCGUCGCAGCCGCUCCGCCUUUUGGUCAACUGCAGCGACGGAGAGCUUCACGCCACGGACAACUGCCAGGUCACGCCUCCUCUGUCCUGGUGCGUCAUGUACCCGCACGCGCUCUACGACAUCGCUGCCAUCGGCACUGAAUGCACGGCGAGCGUCGGUCGUCAAGGAGGGCCGGCAGACGUCAUCACGACGAGCGAAUCAUCCAGCUGGGCUCUGAGUGACGUGGUGAAACCUCCGCCUCCUUCCGAUGUGCAAGUGAUGAACGUCGGCAGGUUCUACAACAUCACAUGGGACAAUAUCAACAAUAAUAGACAUCUUCUUAUAUACAGGCUGCGCAUCCGAGCACACCAAGGCUUCUCACAGCAUCCAGAACGUUCCUUCUCGGUGGAUACAAAGUUCCUCCUGUUGGAUCGCAAGGAGCUGCCCCUUAGUGCGAGGUUUAGUGUGGAGGUUCGGGCCAAAAUGUCUCCCGGUAGUCCGUCUCAGGGUCCAUGGAGCGAGUGGAGUUCCGCAGCAGAGUGGACAUCAUCGCCUGCAGACUCUCCAGACGUCGCAGAGAAACAAUCCUGGUUCUACGCCCUCCUGGUCGUCGUCGUCCUUGUUGUCGCUGUGCUGCUGUUGGGUUUCUCCCAAAAACCGUUGUUGCUGAAAAAACUGCAGCUGAGCACGUACGUUUCCAAGCCGCACGACUUCUUCAAGCCCCUCUACCUCAACUACGGCGGCAACUUCAAGGAGUGGGUGAAACCCGUGUUCAGCGAACACGACUUUUCCAGCAAUAAUGCUCACAUGGACACCAUGACCAAGACGCAGCUCCACUGUGAAAAAAGCCACCAGAGGUCAGAUGAAGCAGAACCAGAAGGCCGUGUCCUCCGCCAUACGCCUGCUCCAAACCGCAACCCGCCGCUCCAUUCCCAGGAUGGCGGCAGUACGCGGGGCACCGGGCUCUCUGCCCGACACGUGUCCAUGCAUACAGUGACUGUGUCGGGAGAGGAAGACUUUGACAAGGAGGCGUCAUGGAGCUCGAGUGACCGCGAGUCGCCAAGCUACAGAGAGCUGGUGGGCCGUGACUCCGAUGAGCCUGACAUGUUUCAGAUGGAAAGACAAGACGAUGCGUCAAACGCUUGGCUCCGAGAACCAAAGAGAACAUCACUGGCCUCCAAUGAGCAGUCAGAGGACUGUUACCCGUGUGUAGACCUGGACACUGUGGACAGUGGCUACGGGGAGUGCGGGAGCCCAUCCGACUCCAACUGUGGAGUGGAUGGAGAUUUUUUACACAAGCACCAAACAUCACGUUCCAACUAUGUGAAACAGUGGAUGAUGUCCAGCACCUCUGGAGAAGACUCUGCAAACCAUCUCCACUGAACAUGUGAUGGACCAAUAUUCUUUUUCGCUCUUUAUGUGUCAUUCUAAGAAGAGAAACAACGCCUUAUGAAGAGCGAGGGGACAUUUUGCUGUACAUUUUCUCAUCUUUUUUUUAUUCUCUUGACAUGUUGAUGCUUGUAUUUUGUCUUUUGAAGCAAAAUAAUGUUUCUCAGAACAGUGUUUGCUCCAAAGGAAACUUGUAAAACAAAUGUAGCAUAGGCGUGUCCAAACUUUUUUCCACUGAUUGCCACGCUGAGGAACUAAAGGAUGCAUUGUGCGCCAUAUUUUGUUUCAUUUUAUUCAAUUUUAGACUCUCCAAUUGGGCAAGCAUGUAUGUUUUGGUUAUUAUAUUACAGUAAACCGGAGUACCCGGUAUGUUCACAUUGUGAGGCAGACGUGCAAACCACUGGCACACUGUGACAGUUGGUAAUGGUAAUGGUAAUGGUAAUGGUAAUGGUAAUGGUUUAAUUUCAUUUGAACAUGCAUCAGAUUCCAAUUGAGUGCAUCCCAUAAUCAGUUCCCAGUUCCACAUGUCCAAAAGGAGUAGGAAGAAGCAAAGCUUAUUAAAUCCUACUCCUCCAUCUGGUACUUUUACAAUCACUAACUCUUACAUUUGUUCACUUCCUGCUUUCCAUAAUACAGUUUUUUUUUGUUUUUUUUUAAUAAUGCACCUCGUACCGAAGUACGAGGUGAUAUGACCAUACAAUGACAUAAUGGGUACCAUAGUAACUGUCAAUAUUACAUUUGUUCACUUCCUGCUUUCCAUAAUACAGUUUUGUUUUUUUUGUUGGUUUUUAAAAAAAAAUUAAAUUUUGUAAUUUUUUGUCCCGUACCGAAGUAGGAGUUGAUAUGACCAUACAAUGACAUUAUGUGUACCAUAGUAACUGUCAAUAUUACAUUUGUUCACUUCCUGCUUUCCAUUUUGUUGGUUUUUUUUUUUGGUUGUUUUUUUUUUUUAAUUGAUUUUGUAAUUUUUUGUCCUGUACCGAAGUAGGAGGUGAUAUGAGCAUCCAAUGACAUAAUGGGUACCAUAGUAAGUGUCAAUAUUACAUUUGUUCACUUCCUGCUUUCCAUAAUACAAUUUAAGGUUUUUUUUUGUUUGUUUGUUUGUUUGUUUUUUUAAUUUUGUAAGUUUUUGUCCUGUACCGAAGUACUCGGUGAUAUGAGCAUCCAAUGCCAUAAUGGGUACCAUAGUGCGUGUCAAUAUAGUGAUAUAUAUAGCACAUCAUGACUGGUUCAAGACUCUUCAUCCUUGUAUUUAGCAAACAUCAACUGCUUGUAUUGUUUCUUGAAUUGGCUCAUCGUUGUGCAUUGUUUGAUUUCCUUACUCAAUCCAUUCCAUAGUUUGAUUCCACAUACUGAAAUGCUAUGGCUAGCAUAACGUAGUCCUAGCAUAGAAGUGUUUCAAAUGUACUUCU